UCAAUAUUUUCUUUUCGCACUGAUGAAAGGCUCUGCAGAGUUGGGAGGGGAGUAACAAUUAACAUGUCAGGACACAGUCAUAGGGGAGGAGGAGGGCAUGGACACGGGAAUUGUGCUGAUGAACAUUCGCAUGAUGACGGUCCAGAAAGAGGAAUGCAAUUUACUUUAUACACAAAAAUUGACAAAGACAAUGUAGAAUGUCUAAAUGAAGUAGAUGAUGGGUCGGGAAAAUUGGUCUUCAAGCCCUGGGACGAACGGCUGGAUAAAGAAAAGUUGGUUGAAAGUGAUGCUGACGAAGAACUUCUUUUUAACAUACCUUUUACAGGACAUGUGAAGUUAAAAGGAAUUGUUGUAAUUGGUGGCGAAGAAGAUUAUCAUCCGGCAGAAAUGAGAUUGUUUAAGAACCGACCUCACAUGACCUUCGAUGAUGUAAGAGCCGAUGCUGAUCAAGUGUUUGAAAUGCAGAGGGACAGGACAGGUGAGCUGGAAUACUCAACAAAAAUUGCAAGGUUCUCUGGCGUUCACACCCUCUCAAUACAUUUUUCAAAAAACUUUGGUGAAGACUCAACCAAAAUAUAUUACAUAGGUCUAAGGGGCGAGUUUUCGCCAGCUCCAAGGCAGGAAGUUUUGCUUGUCUCCUACGAAGCCUACCCAAACCCAGCUGACCACAAGACUAGCCUGCAAGAUCAAGCUAGGCAUGAAAUUCAAUGAGGUUGCAUUGUAUAUUUAUUUCACCAAAAGCUCUAUCAUCAUGAUUGCAAAGGACUGUUCACUAAAAAGGGGUACACAUAUUUUUUCUAUCAAUACAUAGAGGGCCGUAUUUGACUGUUUGAAUGAACUGAGUAACGUGGAACCUGAAACAUUAAAUUUUUUUCUGAUGUUCCAAGGUAACUCAUGACUUCAUACUGAAUACUUAUCAAAUCCAAGUUUAAAUCAUUAGGAAAACAAAUUUUAAAAAUAUUAGUCAGCGUCUUCAUGUUCCUGAAGCAUUUUGUUUUUUUAUAUGCAAUUUGUUUCUGAAUAAAUGUUGCCAUCAAUCUG